GACGGCUCAACACAGCGGUAGUAUCAACGUUGCUUUUUAGGGAACCUGGGCACACAAUUACUCUAUAAUGGGCACCUCCAGAGACUUAUUCCGAGUGUCUAACAUAUCUCAAUUUUUAUGUCCAAAAGACGGCCACUGCUCGGUCAAGUGAACCUAGUUUUGUCUCCAUCAUCUUCACUAAAAUUCUUAGAACAACGGCAUCUCCUGUCACUACCGUGUCUAAACAGAAUGGGAUCUGCUUCAACUCAAACUCCUUUCCCUCCUCUUGGGGACACAUCGCUUUUCAAGCCUCUGAGCCUCGGGAAAUGGGACUUGCAGCAUCGUAUCGUCCAGGCACCCCUCACGCGUAUGAGGAAUGAAUUCUCUUCGCGAGGAGUCUACAUUCCGGGUCCAAGGGUUGUCAAGUAUUAUUCAGACCGUGCGACCCUCGGUGGUCUUCAAGUCACCGAGGCAACAGACAUCUGCCUGGACGCCAGCGCAUACCCAGGAUGUCCUGGAGUCUUCACGAAAGACCAGCUGCAGGCGUGGCGCAAAGUCACCGAUUCCGUGCACGCCAAGGGUGGCUUCAUUAUAAGCCAGCUAUGGCAUACCGGCCGUGCCUCGUCGACCGGCAUGCGAGGGGGCAACCAAUGUGUGUCGUCGAGUGACAUCCCCAUGUCAGGUUCCUACUUGGACGGGACUUCCUGCGCUGAGGGUCCUCCACGACCUCUGACAGUGGAUGAAAUCCACGACUUGACUUCUGAGUGGGCGGCUGCCGCCAAGAGGGCUGUAAAUGAGGCUGGGUUCGACGGAGUUGAAAUCCACGGCGCGAAUGGCUACUUGCUGGACCAGUUCCUUCACGACAACGUAAACAAGAGAACAGACGAAUACGGAGGUUCCAUUGAGAACCGUUGCAGGUUUGUGCUGGAAGUCAUCACGGCAGUCUGUGAGGCCGUCGGGGCGGAACGCGUCGGAAUCCGCCUCUCGCCUUAUAAUUACUUCCAAGACACCCGGGACAGCGAUCCCAACAAGCAUUGGGCCGUUCUGUGUGAGAAGAUCGCUGGCCUUCCUGAUGGCCAACGCCCUGCCUAUGUUCACAUGAUCGAGCCUCGUUUCGAUGAAGUUCUGGACGAGCAGCAAAAGAUGGAAUCGCUUGCUGCGUAUACUUCCAGCUCCACGUCGGACGCAGCCCCCACCAAAAAGAACUCCUUGACGCCAUUCCGGACCAUUUUGAAGGCUGCUGGGAUCGGUUUCCUCGCCGCCGGAAGUUUCAACCGCGAUAAUGCCGCCCCCAAGGUGGAGGGCGACGGCGCAGAUCUGAUUGUGUUUGGUCGACACUUCAUCGCCAACCCUGAUUUGGUUGAGCGCUUGCGAAGUGGACUUCCACUCAACCCGUAUGACAGGGCCACAUUCUACGGAGCCGACCCACCUGAGAAGGGUUACACGGACUAUCCAUUCUACGCAGAUCUAAAGAACUAGAACUUGUCCACAGGUGCGGGCAAAUAGAACGGCGAGAGCAGGAAACAUACAAGUAUAGAGACAGAAAAUGAUUGAUCAGUUUACAAUGCCAUCAAUGAACCCCG